AUGACCAGCUGUGGCAUUCAGGGCAUCCCAUCACCUCCUGGUGUAACGGCCACGUCAGGCCACGAAGGGAGCAUGGGGUUGCACAAAGCUGACAGAGCACCCGGGAAGAAGGGCUCUGCAGCAUGGCAGUGCGCAGUUGUAAGGGAGCGUGCAUUUGUGGCCCCCUUGCGUUCAAGGGCGCGUUCAGUGCAUUGGUGGCGGAAGGAGACAGCAAAGACGGUUGUGUUGGUAGCUGUGGGAGUUCCUGUGGCGGCGGCUGUGAAUGCAGCUGUGGCUGGUGUGGCAACAGCGACAGCAUGCGCUGAAGCUCUAAGCACUGACAGGCCUUCCCCUGCGCAUGCAUGCCCUCCUGGGUGGGAAAUCUCUGCUGCGUGUGCCACUCAGCACCUCCCUCCCCAGCUUCUCCCUGCUCAACCGCCCACUGUCACAGUUGUCCCAGCAGCACCAGGGGUGGCAGGUCCCUCGCACCGGCUUGUGCAGCCCAUAGCGCAGCCAGGCAGAGCAGAGAGUGGUGAGGGCACUGACCCAGGCAGAGCUGCGAGUGGCUGGUUGGGCAAAGGAGCAGAGAGCAGCAUGUUGCACAGAGACAGGCCUGUGGCAGUGGCAGGUGUGGCAGGGGCUGGUGUGAUGACAACGAGGGAACACAUGCAAGCUGUACGCAAUGCUGGUGACAGCUCAGCUGUUGCUGGUAAUGACCGCGCUCCCACCUGCCCGCGGCACGGAGGGGCCAGGCUCAGAGAGGCACAGGUGGGAGACGGGCGCGUCGAGAAAGAGGCUCUCGCUCCUGCCGUAGGGCACAUUGCUGUUGCCCUGCACUGGGAUGUCGUGGUUACUGCUGCCGUGUGCAUGCACAUCGCUCUUGCUGUCAUGCGCAUAGCUGUUGCCGUGCUCCUGGCUGCAGGAGUCGACGGACUGGGCCAGCUGCUGUACAGCAGCACGGGCGUCAGCAGGGGGCGCAUCUUCAACGCACGGAGCCACAUCCCCACAGCAGGGCUUGGAAUCGCCAAUGCAGGGCUUGGAAUCGCCAAUCCAGGGCUUGGAAUCGCCAAUGCAGGGCUUGGAAUCGCCAAUGCAGGGAGCAGAAUAAGGCCCGGCAGCGAGUUGGGAGGGCAUUGGCGCUGGCAGCGCUGCGUGUGGCUGGGUGGGCAGAGGAGCAGACAGAGCAGAGCGCUGGAUGAAGGCGGGGUCGUCGCUGUUGCACCCCAGCAGCACGUCGUCUGGAAGGGCACUCUCCGACCCAACGCGCGGCCACAACACCCGCUACACCGCGCCAUUCUCCCCUUGUUGCUGGCGACGCUCCUCCAGCAGCAGAUGGGCAAACCAGGCUCUCUCCGACCCCACGGCAGGCCACAGAGCUUGCUGCUGCCGGCACCUCUCGCCGCGCAGCUGAAGCAGCUCCCUUAG